AAGGCUGAAGCUGUCAGUCAAGCUUGAGUUGAGCUCACGGCUCCCGUAUAUACUGGGUUUGCGCGUCCUGCAGCUUCCCCUGCAGGCAGGCAGCUGCAGAGGAGGUCUCGUCUCGUAUAUAGCAGGCAGCUCUCACUCUCAGCCGGCGAUACUACUACUAGCUAGCCAGGGGCAUCAGCGCGUGGGUGGGUUUUGCUCCUGCUCGGCGCUCGCUUCGCCUUCGGUUGCUGCCACACCUCCCGUCCUGCCCCUACGCCGCCGCCGGGAUGAUGGGAGGAGGGUCGCUGGUGCUGGAUCAGCGCAUGCCGGCGGACGACGACAAGGCCCUCUUCGGCGAGUGCUUCCUCGGCGAGGGCGACCUCGUCAGCCCGGCACCGGCGCACGACGACAUGAUGAUGAGCUUCGUCCCCGACGGCGACGAGAGCGACGACGACGACGUGGGCGGCAUCGAGGAGCUGGAGCGCCGCAUGUGGCGCGACCGCCUGCGCCUCAGGCGCCUCAAGGAGCAGCAGCAGCAGCAGCAGACUGGCGGCAAGGAGGAGGCGCCGCCGCGGCCCCGGCAGUCGCAGGAGCAGGCGCGGCGCAAUCGCAAGAAGAUGUCCCGCGCGCAGGACGGCAUCCUCAAGUACAUGCUCAAGAUGAUGGAAGUCUGCAACGCGCAGGGCUUCGUCUACGGCAUCAUCCCGGAGAACGGCAAACCCGUCACCGGCGCCUCCGACAACCUCCGAGCCUGGUGGAAGGAGAAAGUCCGCUUCGACCGCAACGGCCCCGCGGCCGUCGCCAGGUACCAGGCCGACAACGCCGCGCCGGGCGGGGGCGCCGCAGUGGCCGCCGCGCCGGCAGGGCCACACUCCCUGCACGAGCUGCAGGACACCACGCUGGGCUCGCUGCUCUCGGCGCUCAUGCAACACUGCGACCCGCCGCAGCGACGCUUCCCGCUCGACAAGGGCGUGCCGCCGCCGUGGUGGCCGCAAGGCGCAGAGCCGUGGUGGCCCGAGGCCGGCGUGCCCGGGGAGCUGGGCCCGCCGCCGUACAGGAAGCCGCACGACCUCAAGAAGGCCUGGAAGGUGGCCGUGCUCACCGCCGUCAUCAAGCACAUGUCCCCCGACAUCGACAAGGUCCGGCGCCUCGUGCGCCAGUCCAAGUGCUUGCAGGACAAGAUGACUGCCAGGGAGAUCGUCCAAUGGCUCGCCGUGCUCAAGCAGGAGGAGGACCUGCACCUCGUGCAGCAGCACCCGCCCGGCGCCCUCCCCACGCUGUCCUCCAACGCCGCCGCCGCCGUGCUCCCGUUCAGCGCAAGCUCCGGUGAGUACGACGUGGACGGUGCCGACGACGGCGAAGAGACCGACGGCCGGAACUCGAUGAAGCCGGCCUGCAACAACGCACCCGCGUUCGUGGACCUUUCGUCGUCCAUGGAUGCUAUUGCUAGCAGGUUCCUCAUGCCGGCGGCGGCGCUGAUGAAGGAGGAGACCGCCGACACCGCCGAGUUGUUCCACAAGAGGACCGCGCCGGCCGGCGUGGAGCCGGAGCUGAUGCUGAGCAACAGCUUCCGCGCCUACACCUGCGGCAACGCGCAGUGCCCGCACAACAGCAGCGCGCACGGGUUCCUCGACCGCGGCGCGCGCAACGCCCACCAGUACACCUGCGAGUUGGACUUCAACUUCAACACCCCCGCCGCCGAUAACAACAAGCAGCUGGCACCGCCGCCAGGUCGUCAGGCCGUCGACUUGGAGUUGCACGUCGACGGCCAAAGGUCGCUGGCCGAGCUGAUGGAGAUGUACGACGCCAACGUGGGUGCGCCCCGGAGCCUGAGCGGCAUCGACGACACGGGCGCCGCCCCCGCCGGCGUGCAGGUGUCCGGCGGCCCAUUUCUGACGCCCUGGCUAUUUGGCGGUGCCACUGCAACCAACGGCGUGAUGCCGCCGCCGCCGCUGCAGCAGCAGCAGAGCGCGGGGUUCUACGUCCGUGACGAUGCGCUGCCGCCGUUCAGCGACAUCGCCGCCGCGUCGCCGGAGUUGAGGUUCAGUUCAGGUCUGAACGUGCCAGGAAGCACUGCGCAUUACGGCGGUGCAUCGCAGCUGCAGCAACAGCACAAGCCCGCGGGAUCCAAUUGGUUCUACUGAGUACUGACUAACUGCUGCAUUAGAAUCAUGGACAAGAUGGAGCUUGCUAGUUUCUCAUUAUGUCAUUACAAUCCAAGAUAGUUCUGCUUGUAUAAGAUUUGGGUACUGAUGAUGUAGCUGCAGACGGCUCAUGCCAUCCAAUCUUGUUCAGUUCGUUAGCUUUUAAUCAAAUCCUGUUCAGCAGCAGUGACGAGCUCAGUUUCAGAAAGCCAAGACACUACUGUAUUACCCUGCUUAAUAACCAAGCUAAAUUGGUAGCCAA